AUGGCGCCCUCGUUCGAUAGUCAGGUCCUUGCACAAGAUGCCACGCAGAACAAAAAAGAGACAGCUCUGGAAAAGAUCUCCCAGGGCACGCCCCUGCCCGGGGUACCCAAGUUCACGAAUGUCGAGCUCCAAAGACAGCACAUGCUCAACCACAUGGCUGGAGCAUUCAGAGUGUUUGCGAGACAUGGAUUCGUCGAAGGAAUGGCAGGCCAUAUUUCACUGCGGGAUCCGGAGUUUCCUGACAGAUUUUGGACCAAUCCUCUCGGCCUGCAUUUCGGCCUCAUCAACCCGUCAGAUAUGAUUCUUGUCAAUGAAGCAGGCGUUGCAGUAGGCGGAAACAUGACACGGCCAGCCAACGCAGCUGGAUUCCUCAUCCAUGCUGCGCUUCACAAGUCUCGGCCUGAUGUGAAUGCUGCAUGCCACUUCCAUUCCACCUACGGCAAGGCGUGGUCUGCCUUUGCGCAGCCCCUUGAAAUGCUGAACCAAGAUGUCGCAAUGUUCUACGGCAAGGCCCAGAGCGUCUAUAGGGAGUUUGGUGGUGUCGUGCUGAAGGAGGAAGAAUCGGCAGCAUUGGCGAGUGCCCUCGGUAGCGAAGGAAAGGGUAUGAUCCUUAGGAACCACGGGCUGCUCACUGUGGGAACUACAGUCGAUGAAGCCGCCUACCUGUUUCUGUUGAUGGAAAAGAGUUGCCAAAUUCAACUCGCGGUAGAUGCUGCUGCUGCUGCAGGCCGUGAAAAGGUCUAUAUUGAUGAUGAAGCUGCCAGGUUCACCUUCGAGAACACCAGCGAAGCUGAGAGUUUGUACGCCGAGUUCCAGGGGUACUUGCAAUACGAGAGCGCCAUUUCCCAUGAUGGAUACAAAGCGUUAUGA